GUCUUCUAGCGCCCCACAUCUCCGCCCGCACUGCGCAUGCUCCCAGCAUCCCCCUCUAUCCAGCAGGAUUUGAAGACUCGGCUGAAGAUGCUCUCAGCUUCUCGGGUCGCUGGUCGCUUGUCGCCGGGUGAACACUGACUCAUCUGGAAGAACCCAAACAGGGAGGAGAAGCUGCAGAUCGUCCCUUUAGGUUCUCACUCGCUUCUCGGAUUCCCCCCCUCCCCCCACCCCCUCUACUCUCCGUCCACUCCAGCAUGGAGAUGAAGAAGUCUUUCUCGGACACCGAGCGAGCGCUCCGGAGCUACGGCGCCGUGUCGGAAACGGCGUGGACGACGGACAAAGGUCACUCCGACGUGUCCAUGGCGGAGAGCACCAUGUCUCCGGAGGAGAUCGAGGUGGAGAUGGCUCGCAUCCAGCGCCUGCGGGAGGUCCUGGUGCGCAGGGAGUCGGAGCUGCGCUUCAUGAUGGAUGACAUUCAGCUCUGCAAAGACAUCAUGAGCCUAAAGCAGGAGCUGAGACAGAUUGUUUCAGUACCAGAGAAAGAAAAGAACAAGAAACACAAGCAGCAGGAGGAGGAGCUGAUCCUAAAGAUUCAUAAACUGGUGCAGAAAAGGGAUUUCCUGGUGGACGACGCCGAGGUGGAGAGAUUAAGGGAGAAGGAGGAGGACAAGGAGAUGGCCGAGUUCCUCCGGCUGAAGCUCCGGCCUCUGGAGCAGAAACUCAAAGCCACGCCGAAUCCCCAAAAGCCCAAGCGACAGAUCCCAGAGCCGCCUCCCAACAAACCCUUCGUCACCAAGUCGGGGGCGGCCAUAAUCAAGGACUGCUGCGGAGUCGCCCAGUGUGCUGUAAUGUAGCCGACCUCCUUAUCGACGGUCGCUACUCUCAUGUCACAUGACCCCAGUCACUUCCUGUUUCUCAGAGAACCACAGACAGCAGCACUCGCCCUUGAGCACGUUCAGGAAUCGGGUCCAUUUCCCAGCUGCGGGCGCGUGGGAACUGAUCCCUGAUCAGCGCUCAAGGCGCGGGGUGUUUCACAGCGGGAGCGCAUAUCCACCGGGACUGUACAUGAACUAAGCAGAGCUGUAAAUAGAGUCCGAUAGCCGUGUGGUUGAUGUAUUUAAGCAGAGGCAGGUCAGGUCAGGUCCUUCCUAUACGUCGCAUUCCUUUUAAGGCGAGGAUGCGUCCGACCGGUCGAGUAAGGCCUAAAAAGCACAAUAUCCACCGCGUCAGUAAUUAGCGGGGUUCUCUGACAUGAACACGAAGCCUCUCGUUGUGUCAUUUAGGACAACAGUUCUCAUUCGUAAGCUAUUAUUAUUCAUCCCAGUUUGUGAGUCUGAGUUGCUCUGAUGAGCAAAUUUGACCCAUUAAUUGGGUUCAUGUUCAAAGGUCGGGUUGCAGUGGAUUCUUUUGUGGAUAAAAAUGUAUAGAAAUAACUAAUCUCAUGCCGAUUUAAAACACCAUCACCACUUCAAAUGCUGCUGCAAACCGUUGAUCCAAGUCAGACUUGGUUUCAGUCAUUUUGAUGAGCUUCCAAAGGCGCAAAGACUUUCUCUGCGAACGCCUGAGGUCAGACAGUCGUAAACAUUCGUUCAGAUAUCUUUACCUGGAGAUUAUUAAUUAUUUCUCUCACCUUGAUGUUAAAAAUCUCAUUUUCUAACAACAAUUUUCACGAGAUAAUGGAGGUUGUUUUCUCAUGGCAUCUUUUAUACCUCCUUGUCAUAGGGUUGUGUUUAUCGCGCGCGCUUUAGUUCUUUCCCUGGUUUAUCUGUCACACCUGAAUCAAAUCCGAAUCAGGUCAGAUAUAGCAGCACACACCUUUUAAAAGUUUUUUUUUAAAUCUUUUCUCGAUAGUCUUGGCCAUCAUGGGUGCCAUUGGAGAGGUUUUGGUGGUGCAAGGUUUUCUUGUUUCAUGUUUUCUCCUUUUGUGGAUAACGGCUCUCAAUGGGGUCCCAAAGUUUUAGAAAAGUCUCCACGGCCCUUACCAGACAGAUGUCUGCUUGACUGUUCGGAUAAAAAAAAAAAAAUCCCAACAGUCUGGCAUAGAUCAGGUAACGCACACCUCUGAUUUCUGAUAAACCUCUGUUUGGCUUCUGAUCAAAGAUGAGAAUCGACUGAAAUGACAACCGGGGCUGGUGAGGUAGGGGCCCUCCUGCUCCCCUCUAUGUUUCCACAGAGGGGAAGAAAAAAAAAUCAGGUGGAGAACGCUGACUGGCAUGAAGUCUGAUGUCACUUUUAUUCUUCAACUUUACUCCGAAUCACAGUUCGACGCUUGUAAAUGCCUCCACUGUAAUCAUUGGUCAUGCUUCCUCAUUCUGCAGGGUCACCUACAGACGCCAUCAACAACCUGGACAUAACGGACAGUACGACCUCACUUGUGAUCAUAAACUCUCGAAACAAAUUGCAUCCUUCAAAUUUAACCUUGCAUUUCUGUGAUAAACAACAGGAAAGGAAUGAAGCCCCUUUUUAAUGCCUCCAAUAAACCGUGUGUGCUUGAGUGUAUUUAGGACUUUAGUGACUCGCGUCAAGAAAACUGUCGAUCUCCUAUCACUUCUUUCUUCGGAUAACUUGGCAUCCUGUAAGUGUAGUGACUUUAUAAAAGUUCUGCUGUUUAAAAAUAAAAUAAAAAAAAAGAAAUUAAACAUAUGCAGAAAAUAAGCUGAAAGCACGUGUAAAUAUGUUUCAAUAAAGAGCAUCUUUCAAGAACGAACCGCGUCAUGUUUGCCCUCUGCAAGUACAGGAACCUUUGCAAUAAUGUUAUUAAAAUGUCAACUUAUUUCGCUCA